GCCGGGGCGGCGGCGGCGGCGAUGCCGGGGCCCGGGGCGCGGGCCGACGAGGAGGAGCGAGAGGGCGCGGCGGGGGCGCGGGAGCCGGCGCGGCUGUGCGGGUACCUGCAGAAGCUGUCGGGUAAGGGCCCGCUGCGCGGCUACCGCAGCCGCUGGUUCGUGUUCGACGCGCGCCGCUGCUACCUCUACUACUUCAAGAGCCCGCAGGACGCGCUGCCGCUCGGCCACCUGGACAUCGCGGACGCCUGCUUCAGUUACCAGGGCCCCGACGAGGCGGCCGAGCCCGGCGCCGAGCCGCCCGCGCACUUCCAGGUGCACAGCGCGGGCGCCGUCACGGUGCUCAAGGCUCCUAACCGUCAGCUCAUGACCUACUGGCUGCAGGAGCUCCAGCAGAAGCGGUGGGAGUACUGCAGCGGUCUGGACAUGGUGAAGGGGGACAGCAGGGCCUCCCCGACCCCCGGGGAUUUCUCUAAGGGUCUCGUAGCCAGAGAUAACCCAGAUGUCAUUUGCACACAUCCGGAUGCUUCUGCAGAGAAAGCCAGAAACGUCCUCGCUGUGGAAGCCACCCCUGGAGAGCUGGUAGGAGAAGCAGCAGCUCACCAGCCGGCCCCCGGGCACCCAAAUUCCAUUAAUUUCUCUUUCAAACAGUGGGGCACUGAGCUCAAAAACUCCAUGUCGUCUCUCCGUCCUGGCAGAGGACAGGGCGACAGUCGGAAGAGUGUGUUUUAUACCAACGAAGAGUGGGAGCUCUUAGACCCGAACCCCAAGGAGCUAGAGGAGUCCAUGGCACAGGAAGAGAGGAAGAAGCCGGCCCUGGAAGGAAACAAAGGAGUCACUGGCUCAGGAUUUCCCUUUGAUUUUGGACGUAUUCCCUACAAAGGAAAGCGCCCUUUGAAAGACAUGAUCGGAUCAUACAGGAACCGGCACGUCAGCGGCGAGCUGUCAGCAGAUGGGGCGCAGGGCGCGGCUGGGGUCAGGCCGCUGGCCGGGGUGCAGCUACAGGUCCAGAGUCAGCAGGAGGAGCUGGAGCGGCUGCGGAAGGACCUGUCCAGCCAGAAGGAGCUCGUACGGCUACUGCAGCAGACGGUCCGGUCCUCCCAGUACGACAAGUACUUUGCCAGCAGCCGGCUCUCUGAGGGGGUCCCGAAGGACGCGCUUGAGCUUCUGCACCGCAAGGACGACCAGAUCCUGGGCCUCAGCAGCCAGCUGGAGCGGCUCUCCCUGGAGAGGGAGAGUCUGCAGCAGGAGGCCCGCACACUCAAGGGCAAGGUGGGCGAGCUCAGCGAGCAGCUGGGCAUGCUGCUGGAGACCAUCCAGGCCAAGGACGAGGUCAUCAUGAAGCUCUCGCGGCGGCUCAGCGAGGGCGCGGACGGCUCGGCCCCCACCGCGGGGGCGCCCGGCUCCCCGGCCCCUGCCAGCAGGGAGCAGCUGGAGCUGGACAGGCUGAAAGAUAAUCUACAGGGGUACAAAACCCAGAACAAGUUCCUCAACAAGGAAAUCCUGGAGCUCUCGGCGCUGCGGAGAAAUGCGGAGAGGAGGGAGCGGGAUCUGAUGGCCAAGUAUUCCAGCCUGGAAGCCAAGCUGUGUCAGAUGGAGAGCAAGUACCUGAUCCUGCUGCAGGAGGUCAAGACGCCCGUGUGCUCCGAGGAACCGGGCCCAGCACGUGGCGUCAUCGCGCAGCUGCUGGAGGACGCCCUGCAGGCCGACGGCCCGGAGCAGCCAGGGCAGGCGCUCGUGAAGCCUCGUCUCGUCAGUGAGUACGACAUCUACGGGUUUAGGACCGUCCCAGAGGACGACGAGGAGGAGAAGCUGGUGGCCAAGGUCCGAGCGCUGGACCUGAAGACCUUGCAUCUCACGGAGAACCAGGAGGUGUCCACCGGGGUCAAGUGGGAGAACUACUUUGCGAGCACGAUGAACAGGGAGAUGGCGUGCUCCCCGGAGCUGAAGAACCUGAUCCGGGCCGGCAUCCCACACGAGCACCGUUCCAAGGUGUGGAAGUGGUGUGUGGACCUGCACGCCAGGAAGUUCAAGGACAGCACCGAGCCCGGGUACUUCCAGACGCUGCUGCAGAAGGCGCUGGAGAAACAGAACCCGGCCUCCAAGCAGAUCGAGCUGGACCUGCUGCGGACCCUGCCCAACAACAGGCACUACUCCGGCCCCACGUCAGAGGGCGUCCAGAAGCUGCGCAACGUGCUGCUCGCCUUCUCCUGGCGGAACCCUGAUAUCGGCUACUGCCAGGGUCUGAACAGGUUGGUGGCAGUGGCCCUUCUGUAUCUGGAGCAGGAAGACGCUUUCUGGUGUCUCGUCACCAUAGUGGAGGUGUUCAUGCCGCGAGACUAUUACACGAAGACGCUGCUGGGGUCCCAGGUGGACCAGCGCGUGUUCCGGGACCUCAUGAGCGAGAAGCUGCCGCGGGUGCACGCGCACCUAGAGCAGCACGGUGUCGACUACACCCUCAUCACGUUCAACUGGUUCCUGGUGGUGUUCGUGGACAGCGUCGUCAGCGACGUCCUCUUCAAGAUCUGGGACUCUUUCCUUUACGAGGGCCCGAAGGUCAUUUUCCGGUUUGCGCUGGCGCUUUUCAAGUACAAGGAGGAGGAGAUCCUGAAACUGCAGGACCCAAUGUCCAUGUUCAAAUACCUGCGCUACUUCACGCGCACCAUCCUGGACGCCCGGAAACUGAUCAGUAUCUCCUUCGGGGACCUGAACCCGUUCCCCCUGCGCCAGAUCCGGAACCGGCGCUCCUACCACUUGGAGAAGGUGCGGCUCGAGCUCACGGAGCUGGAGGCUAUCCGAGAGGACUUCCUGCGUGAGCGGGACGCCAGCCCCGACAAGGGUGAGCUGGUCAGUGACGAGGAGGAGGACACCUGAGCGCCCCCCACCCCAGGACGCUGCUCUUGCCUUCACAACCAAAGUGUACCAGAGGGUCCCGGUGGGGGUCUCUGCUCUCGGGAAGCCGGAAGGCGGUGCCCGUGGCUUCUGGAAGUCUGCUGGGCAGACGUCCGCGGCCACGCUGCCCUUUCUUACUCGCGGGCGGGUCUGUUCUGCGUCCAACCUUCCUUUGCGGGGCAGGCGCUGCCCGGUGCACCCCGGGGGACCCGCGGGUCGCUUUCCAGAGCCCAUUGACAGCACCAUCUGGGCUUUGUGCAUGGCUCGCACCCCGGGAACCUGCCGUGGGCCAUCUCCUGGGUUGCCCCCGUACACGGGCCCGCUGCGCUGCGCGUCCCCCCCACUCCACCACUGCACUGCGCAUCCCCCCCCACUCCACCGCUGCGCUGCGCGUCCCCCCCCCACCCCACCCCAGGCUGGAGCGCGGCUUCUUCAGGGGCCGUGAGGUGAGCGGAGCGAGCGCAUCCACGUUCAGAAGUGGUCUGUGGAAACCCGCCGCCUUCUGUGCGGGGCGAGCCGCCCACGGUGCCCCGUGGCCCUCCAGACACCCCACGCUGUCCCCGGCCCCGUCAGCUGUCGGCGGGUGGCUGGGCUAUCCCACCCUGCGCUCUGCCCAGCUCGGCUCCGGGAGGUUCUGGGGAAGACCUUCCGUCUGCGGAGUGACUCGUGGAGUCACCGUGUGGGGACGACAGUCCACUCUGCACAGCAGGCCCACUGCUGGGGCAUGCCCUACUGGAGGGGACACAGGAAGCUUCUGGGGAUGCCCUACAGGGCAGCGGUGUGGCGGGGGGUGACAUUGUCCACCGGUGCUGGGGGUCUCCACCUGCUGGGCCAGUGCCAUCGCUUGGGGCGCAGCUUAGGUGAGCGGUCCCCCCGCCAUGCUGCCCAGAGGCAUGCGCGUCCUUGCAGGCAACCUCGCCCCUCCCUGGGGCCUGCGUGGUCCUGGCUGCGGGGUCCCCACUGCCUCCAGCAGAUCGGGCUGCCCACGCUAUUCUGCAGACUGGGGGGCCGUCUUUCUGAGGCUCUGCAAGGAGGCCUUACCCAGGAAGGCGGUUCUCGCUUUAUUGGUCAGCGGACUGUCCCCGAUCCCGCCGCACCAGCACUCUGGGGCAGGGGACAGGCUGGCUGCUGAAGGUCGGCUCGGGCCGUGGCCUCACUGCCAUCCGCAGACUGUGCCCGUCGCAGCCCCAGGCAGCUGACUGGCGGGGGCACAGCAGUGAGGAGGCCCCGCAGGGUUGGGUCUGGUUUCCAAGCUGACUUCCCUGUACGGCCAUAUCCUGGGGGAAGAUGCUGCCUUUCGGGCUGGGCUGCUUGUGUCUGUUCUGCCCCAGAAGGGCCCCUCUUCGAAGCACCGGAGGUGGGCGCAGGUGCCUGUGUGUGGCUGGAGCUGUGGUUUCGGGCGCGGCUGGCAGGGCCAUGCUAGUGUCACCAGGGAGCUGUCCGUGGCCGGGUGGUGGCCAUGAGAGCGGUGCGGUCGUGGGGGGAGCAUAUGGGGGACACUUUGCCGGGGCCGCCCCAUCCCUGGGUGUCCGGAGGGCGGGGGCGCUCGGCCUGGCCCAGACAGGGGGCGGGGUGGAGGGCAGCAGGCCGUGUGCCCGCGGCUCCACUGCCCACAGCGCAGGGCAGCUGCUGGCGUGCACGGGGACUGCUUGGGUGUUUCACAGGCUGAAUAUCUGUUUAUACUUUUGUAUAUUUUUCACUACAGUUUAUAUUUUUAUAGACAAUUUUUAUCAAGGUUUUUCUAGAUCACAUACACCUAUUUUAUAUGACGUGUUCUCCCUUGUGAAUAGCUCUGUGUGCACGUGUGCGCGCGCGUGUGUGUGAGAGAGAGGGAGGAACAGAGCAGCCGGGGUUGCGCCCCCGUGGCCGGCACGACCCCUCGCUGCUGUGUGGCGGCUUCUCCAGGUAGCGCGUCCCUGCGCAUCCCGCCCUCCCACGGCCCCCAGGGCGCCCAGGGCUGGACCGAGUCGGCUUUCCGCCCAUCGUGUCCAUAUAGGAAGCGUUCUAGGCAAAUCGCCAGCGCAGCGUUCGUACUUGUGCACAGACCCCUCUCCGGCUUUGUACGGGGCCGUCUUCCGGCACGUGCCCUGGGCAGCUGGGCCCGCCUGGGGCAGCCCCGAGGGGGGUGGGGGCAGGUGGCCUCCCUCGCUGUCACUGUGGCUUCUCGGAGUUAGAUUUUGGAACAGUCAUACUAAAAAACCAAAUAAACUACUAAUUUGUACAA